GAGAGGGUGUUUAGUCCGCGUGUCGUUGACAGCAGCGGCGACCAGCAGGCCGAGUCAGACGACGCUCGACAGUCGAAGCCGGCCUCUCGGCGUACGAGUAUCGAAAGAAUCGCGAGAGUUCGAUGUUUCUCGCGGCGUGAACUUUAAGUCACCUGUCAACGACGCGUCGCGUAUCACCGGCUCACGGGACGUUCUCAUGCGGGUUUUUUUCCCCCAGUGCGCCGUGGUUAAGAACACGAAGAGGUUUUCACCCCGUUUGGUGCGGUACAACCGUGUGUAUCCGUUCGCCGACACGUUUCCGUUCGCGUGUGACCAGUGUGCAGAAGUGUGUGAAUGCUACGGCGAAAGCGUUGCCCGUCAAGAUUACUGCGAGGACGUUCCCCCUGGCCGAUUAACUGUUAGAAUCGAACCGCCUUGGAACCUCUGCCUCCGUCUACAAAACGAGUCAUCGAGGUGUGAGUGUCUACGCGAGUAACGGUUUUCCGGCUCGAUUCCCGAAACUUUCACGGUUAUUCGCCUGAGCCCGACGACUUCGUGAGAGAUUGUCUUCUGGUAUAGAAAACGAGAGCUGAUGAAUGGCGAACGGAAGUCGAUCAUCUAAGUGAAUCGGAAGCUGUGAACCGAGGACGUUCUCACGGCUCGAAGAAUAAAGAACUCCUGCCAAUAUUUGCGUGGGCUUGCAAAGGGAAUAUUUGCGGACGCGGACAUGCGGUGACACAGAAGACGUUGGAUCCACAAGAUACAUAUCAAUUCAUAUCAUUUCUCACCGAAUCGAAAGUUACUCGCGCCAGGCUAAUCGCAGACCGAUUGGAAAUGAGCGUCCAACGAUGAUCCAGUCCGUAUCGAGUCGUACCGAGUGUCGAUCGCGUGGGAUCGAAAACGACUCUGCGAGAGGAUCGUGAACCGUUCUACAUACUCGGUGGACCGCGCGAAAUUUCAAAGAGACGAGGACCAGAGGGACGAAGUAAGAGGAUGUUGCUGAGGUAACACGAUAUCCCGAGCCGGCUGAAAACGAUAAGUUAAUCGAACCGUGCUCGAAAGGGAGGAUACAGGGUGACGGAGACCAAGAGGAUUCGGGUGAACGAGGACCCGGACGAGUGUAAAAAAUGGGUUUCCCCAGGAGGAGAUCCCUGUGGCUGAAGGUGGCCGUCCUGGUCACGGCGGUUUGGGCCACCGUAUGCUUUCUGCUUUACACGGAGGAUCGCGCCAACGCCGCUGUACAGGGAUUGGCCCCCUCUGGCGUCGCGGCGCCCCAAAUGGCCAACGGAUUCGUGCCUGCAGCCGCAGCCCUGAGGAAAGAGACGCCGUUCAACGGGCAGCCCAAGCAGUCCAAGGUUGUCCAGGCUGGUCCGGAGCAAGGAGGUGGUGUGCUCGCUGCUCCGCGAGAACAGGACUCCAGCGCGCCGGGCGAAAAUGGGAGGCCCGUGAUUUUACCGACAAAUAUGACUGCCGAAAUGAAAAAACUGGUCGACGACGGAUGGCUCAACAACGCGUUCAAUCAGUACGUCAGCGACCUGAUAUCCGUUCACAGAACACUGCCAGACCCGCGUGAUCCAUGGUGCAAAGAACCGGGAAGAUACAUGAAAGAACUUCCCCCAACGGCGGUGAUAAUUUGCUUCCACAACGAGGCAUGGUCAGUAUUGUUGAGGACUGUCCAUUCCGUAUUGGAUAGAUCGCCGGUACACCUGAUCCAGGAAAUCAUCUUGGUCGAUGACUAUUCCGACAUGCCGCACCUUCAGCGUCAGCUCGAGGACUACAUGAUGAACUAUCCCAAGGUGCAAAUAAUCAGGGCUCAAAAACGCGAGGGUCUGAUCAGAGCUCGUUUAUUGGGGGCUGCGGCCGCGAAAGCCCCUGUUCUGACAUAUUUGGACAGCCAUUGCGAGUGCACCGAGGGUUGGUUGGAACCGCUUCUCGAUCGGAUCGCUCGCGAUUCGACAACAGUCGUCUGCCCUGUGAUCGACGUCAUAGACGACACUACGCUGGAAUAUCACUGGAGGGAUUCCGGCGGCGUGAACGUGGGUGGAUUCGAUUGGAAUCUCCAGUUCAACUGGCAUGCGGUUCCGGAUAGGGAGAAAAAGAGGCACAAGAAUCCUGCGGAGCCCGUGUGGUCGCCGACGAUGGCUGGUGGCCUCUUCUCGAUAGAUCGAGCAUUCUUCGAGCGCCUCGGCACGUACGACAGUGGUUUCGACAUUUGGGGUGGCGAAAAUCUCGAGCUCUCGUUCAAGACUUGGAUGUGCGGAGGUACCCUGGAAAUCGUGCCGUGCUCGCACGUGGGCCACAUCUUCCGGAAACGUUCGCCGUACAAGUGGCGCAGCGGCGUGAACGUGCUCAAGAGGAACAGCAUAAGGCUGAGCGAAGUGUGGUUGGACGAGUACGCCAAGUACUACUACCAGAGGAUAGGUCACGACAAGGGCAACUACGGGGACGUGUCGGACCGGAGGGCCCUGAGGAAGAAGCUGGGCUGCAAGUCGUUCAAAUGGUACCUCGACAACGUUUACCCGGAGCUGUUCAUACCUGGCGAGGCCGUGGCUUCCGGCGAGGUUCGUAAUCUCGGAGAGGGGGGCAACACCUGUCUGGAUUCGCCAGCACGCAAGGCAGACUUGCACAAACCGGCUGGCCUCUACCCCUGCCAUCGACAGGGAGGAAAUCAGUACUGGAUGUUGAGCAAGACCGGCGAGAUCCGUCGAGACGAGUCGUGCUUGGAUUACAGCGGCACUGAUGUCGUCCUCUAUCCUUGUCACGGUAGCAAAGGGAAUCAACAAUGGAUUUAUAAUCCCCAGACGAAGCAGAUCAGACACGGUAGCAGUGACAAGUGUCUAGCGAUCACCGAGAGCAAACAGCGUCUGAUAAUGGAGGAGUGUUCACCGAACGCCGCGAGACAGAGGUGGUCCUUCGAGAACUACGACCCCUCGAAGCUGUGAUAUCGCGCCUUUUCACGUCGACAGUCGAGAAAUACCGGUCGAAGGUUCGACCAUGCCGGUACUUGGAUGUCUGGGCCACGGUAUUCCGUCGCCAAGACCCGUUUCGGCAGAUAGAUUCUGUGGUUUCGGGGCCUGGGCGCCUCGAAACUCCGUCGACCAGACGCUCAAGAUCGACUGCGUGGCAGAAGGGACGCGAGAUUUCCCCCGUGAAAUCGAGACGAGCCCUUUGGAAACGAGGCUUCGGUGCGUAGGAGGCAACGAUCCACUCGCCGAGAUCGUCAGCUAUAAUUUCUAAUUAGAGAACAGACGAAGUGCAAUAGAUAUUAUCGACUUAAGGGUGAACGAAGAGGGACAUUCCCUUCGACGAAACGCUGUAACUGAUGUACAAUGAGAGACGGGGACGGUCCGUGAGCGCGUCGGGGGCCCGUUUUCAGUUUAGGAAACGCUUUCGCUGGCAUUGAAGGAAUUUUGAAAGGUUUCCGCGAGAAAGACACGCGACACUGGAAUUUUAAUAGUUUCCUUGAAUAUUUUACGAGGCCACGAAACAGUUUUUUUAACUUUGUUAUUCGUUAACAGAAUCCAAGUUCGUUUGUUGGAUAGUUAGGUGCUUAUGAGUUGAAUCCGUUACGUUUUAAAACAUUAAUUACGUGCAAUGGGUAUGAGAGAGCGUCGCGCAUCUUUGCGAAGUACUUACUAAUCGAAACGAGGUUUUAACGACUAAUUGCGUAGUUUAAGGCAAUAAUUAGGACGCGAGAGAAUGCGCCGAUGCGUCAAUGACAGCGAAACGCGUGUCAGCAGGAUGUAUUAUUUAGAUUUUAUUCGGGACAGACGGGCGAAUGCGAUCGGUAUCGACCUCCGCGAAAUCCUCGAUCGUCGCGUUCGUCCGUUGGCGAACGUUUUAUGGAGAAUCGAGCGAUCCGUGUGCGAGUUGCUUAUGGCGAGUGCCAUCUCGGAGACAACGAGGCGUUUGGGGCUGCCUGGAAAAUCAAAGAAUCGUUGAUCGAUAACUUAAAACAAUUUCAUUCUAUAAUUAAUGCUCAAUCGUAUGAUUGAAAAAAUUUUUACCUUCUGCUUAAAUCGAAAAUAAGACAUAUGCUACAAGAUCGACGGAGUCCUAGAUAGAUCCUAUUAUCCCCGCACAUCGUAGGAUCAAGUUACAGGUAAUUUUCAAAAUUGUACAUUACAAACUCGACCAAGAAAGGAAGGAGACCGUAGAGUAGAAUCGAUCGACGACUCGAUGAUCGUCCCGUUGUCUCUCAGUCGUAUUCUCCGCGCUUACGGUAGUAUCUUACAUUCCAAUUCGGACGCGAGCAACGUCGUCGACGAUUCCAAGUUCGCGCUCGACGAACGAAUCUUUCUUUUUUUUUUCUAAUUUAGCUCGUACGUAGUGCGUAGAGACGGAGAACGGACGAGUGAAGGUACACAUUCCGGAUACGGUGUAGGAAGACUUUUGUACAUUCGUGUAAAGUAUCUCGAUGCCAGUUUAGAUACCGCCUAAAGUAAGAUUCCGAAUGUAUGUGAGAGAGUAAAUAAUUUGCAGAAUGCGGUGGCGUUGAGUCGCGAGUUCUCGAGGAGUGUUAAACGCGACCCUUUGGUGUCUAAUAUUCUUCCGAUCGAUUCGCGAAGUUGUCGAGGAAACGGUGAAUAAAAUUAGUCGAGUUACGUUACCAUAGACGUACUCAACCAUGGUCCGGAGCAGAAUCGAUUUCCCGCCCUGGCGAUGGAAGUGACAUCUAGUUUUUAUUCGUUAAAUGUUGGAGGUACGGUUAUCUACGGUCGGAACGAAAUCAACUGGUCGUUCAAGGCCACUGUCGCCGUUCAAUACCCUCACCACCCUGUCUAUCGAAUCAAUAGGCAAGUUUGGACGACGCAAGGGUGGGGACGGGCGACCUUGAGCGAUCAAUCGAGUCCGAUCCACUUGCAAUCCCAACUUCUGCCAAGAUCUUUUGUACGUUUCUCCCUGCAAUUGUUUUAUAAUCGCACAGCUGCGUUACCAGGACGGGAAAUCGAAAAUUCCUCAGACAAUAUCGUUAAUUAAUUGUUGUAAACACCGAGUGUCCUCAAAUUUGACAUCUUUUUGGGUUUCAGAAGUAAACUACUUAUGGGAAUGAAUUUGAACAAAUGGAAGAAUGUUAUCAACUUGAUUUAACUUCAAUCGUUUAUAGUUCUGUGUGUGAUUUCAUGUUUUCAAUAUGGCCGCCAAAAAGUCUAGAAAAAUCAAUCGUUGCAUUUUGAUGCAAAGCCAAUAGUAGUUUCCCAAAAACGAGACGACUUCCGAGUUCCAUUCGACGCGAAAGCACACAAUGCUUCUAACCUUUGCCCUGCCAGCGGACACCAAAGGCUCGAGAACCGUGAUUUCAUGGAGCAACCCUAAUCUGCAGAUGUCUGUGCGUGCCAACGAAACCGUGAAUGCGGCUGCUAGUGCGUGGACGAUUGUAUGAUAUUCAAACUCUUCUCGACCGUCACCGAUCACCAUCGCGAAUCAUUUGUCCCGCGUCGCGCACGCCGACUUUAUCGCAACACUUCACAUAUCUGUAAUAAAAUAUCAUCGAAGAUUCGUGUAAUCGAGGAACGAGAAGAUUCAAUGUCUCGUGCCAUCUUUUCCAAAAAAUCGAGACAAUAUCGUAAGCUUGAAGUCUGAGGAUUGUUAAUCAACGCCAGAACCUGAAAUCGAUUCAAUAUACGAUUUCCUGAGCUUCGUUGGCAGCUGAAAGAAAUCCUUCCAAAGGAAUACUCGUAUUACCAGGGUUGAUUGAGUACACCCCUCAGAAGAGACAUUUUAUUUAAUUAAUAAAUGAAUAUAAACAUCAUAUCAAACAGGUAUUCGCGUAAGCUUGUAUUCGUUCAACUUGAAAUUUUAUAUUCGUAAUUUAGAUUAUGUUCUCAUCGAGCAAAUAACAUAUCAAAAGUUGUUUACCUUUUAUUCGUCGUUUGAAAUUGUGAUCUAGGUGAGAAUGUUGAAUUUUUCUCAGCUGCCAAUGCGAAAGGAACAAGCAUUCUUCGAAACUUCACGAUGAACAUUUAAUUACAGUUCGAUCAAAUUCAAUUGAAUGCUCGAGGCCACUUUGUCGACUAUGAAUCGGGUUUUACACGGCGUAUAAGAGAAUAUGGUAGGUAGAGUAGGGGUGGAUGAGUGGCACGGUGGGAACUGUGGCCUUGAGCGAUCAAUUAAAAGGGUAGUUUGGCCCAGAAAAUAGAAAUUUAGACUUUGUUUACAUACUAACACUUUGAUAGCCGCUGUCACGUGUACGUGAUUUUAUUUAUUGAGUUUAUUCAGAUUCGAAUCUUACGUCGUGUGUUCAUUAUGGUAUCUCCGUGUUUAUAGUUCCUUCUAGUAAUAUUCCUAGUUCCUAACUUUGGUCCACGAACAGUCAGUUCAGGAAUUCUUGGUUCACGUAGAUUCGUAAUUCAGAAAUAAUUUUUAAUAAAAAUCCUGAAGAAAGAACAGAUACUGAUAUCCUCGCCGAUAUUUACAACGAACUAUACGAAUUAAUAAAAUUAAUAUUUACACGUUUAACGGGUGGUAAAAUUAUGUAGAGCUACAAUGCGAAUGUUUAUAAGCUGUUCGAUUUAAAAUUUCCAAAGAUUCUCUCGAUGGCAGACAAUAAUAGUCUUUCUGUGAAACGUGCGACCAUCAAAGUGUUAAGUGUUCAAAUUUUGUACGAAUGUCUGUGUAUAGUUUAAGUAUUUUUUGAAAUUUUCUCAAGCAAUGUUCAUUCUCGAGUUACUAAAGUAGUGGAAUACUUAUAAAAGUUUCAAACUGAAGUUGAAGUCCCAUAAUUUUGCAAACUUUUCGAAUAUUAAUGAUUUGUCAUUACAUAUACCCGACAUUUCGAGAUUAUUGCAAAGAAAUAUUAAUUUACGAACGAUUCUAGACCAAACUACACCCUUAGUUUCAUUCUGAUUUCAGCGACAUUCAUUCGAAACUUUGAAUCGCAGUUUUGCGCGUUUCCUUAGACACUUCCGGAUAGAAAUAAAAGCGGAAGAAGGACACGCGCGAUCGAAGACUUCAUUAACGAAUAAUUGAACGGAAACGGAGAACAUGCAUAUAGAUUUUAAGAUGGCGUAAGAUUCUUUUCUUCGAAUUACCGAUGAACGGACGAAUGGAAUUCAACGAGAACGUUUAUACAGAUAGAUAUAUACAUAUAUUAUAAAUAUAUAUAUAUAUUAUAUAUACGACAUUUUCUACAUUUGGUAAGGAUGUUGCAUAUCGUAAGAUGGGGGAGAUACAAUGAUGAUAAGAGAUGUAACGGACAG